AUGGUGCCAGAUGAACUUUUUGGUCUUCUUUUUGACAAUGUUGGGCUUCGUGAGGGGUCUGAAAAUAGUCAUGAUGCUAGGUUGGAGGUGGCUGCUACCUCUCUUCAAUCUUUUUAUAAUGGGCAGUCAGCAUGCCUGUCCUUUGCUCCAGAGAGACACACUAACACUAUCAAACAUCCUCGAAAAGUUAGUCCGAAACAAAAUUUAACCAGUGCCUCAUCUGCAAGAGAUGCAGAGAUGUCCACCAAUCAUGACAAAUGUACCACUUUGAUGGGGGUUGUCGAUAAUGGAAGAGGCUGUGCAUGGACGGGGGUUAGGGGAGGAAUCAGUGGAGAAUUCCAAGCCCAAGAAGAUGCUGGAGCCAUAGAUGGGAAAUCCUUGGAGCUUGAGUCCCUGAAUGACUGUGCUCAGCGCACGCAGAUUUUCCGCCCGCACGCCCGGGCCGGUACUGCAGUACAGAGCAGGCGCACGGGGACUCCUAGGAGGAAGAGGGUAUUGAAAAAGUUGCUCUGGGCGGGGCCCCCCCACCGUCCGGACUCUCGGGAGAGUUCGGGUCAGGCAGCUGGAAAGAGCAAGGCACACCCAGACUCACAGCCCGCCGCCUGCCAGCGCCGGGACCGCACAGCACCGAGCACCCGCCCGACUGGCGACGCGCGCCGACCUGGCCUCCACGUGCCCCGCGCGGGGGUUUCCGCGUCCUCUGGGCGGAGCCGGAAGAGGAAGUCGGCGCUACAGCGGCGGCCCGCACCUCCCCGCGCCGUCCGCGCCCGUCCGACCCGGCCACGGAGACAGCGCCGCGGCGGGACCCGGAACCUGUACCCGCCGAGAAGCGCCGCGCCGCUGAGCGCCCAGCAGUCCGAUGGGGCCGCAGCGGCCGCUACUCACGGCCGCGACCGCCCUGCUCUGGGGCUUCCUGCUCCCGCUGGUGGGAUGGUGCAGCUCUGUGGCUCUGGAUGUGUGGAUUAUUCUUCAGGACAGAGGAGAAAUGAACCCAAAGGCAAAAUCAGAGAUCAGGCCACUGCCUCAGUUUCAGCAGGUCUUAUGGCCUCUGCUUGGAGCCUUGGGGGACUCGGUGGACUUGACUACCAGUAUGCCUGGAAGUUUCCUCCCUCAGGGAACAAAUCUGAAUUUCAUGAUGUGAAAAUACUGAUUGCAUUUAUAAGCCACAAAGACUUUAUAGAUAUGAAGCAGACUCUUGGAGAUAACAUUACUGUAAAAAUGUAUUCUCCAUCAUGGCCUAACUUUGACUAUACUAUGGUGGUUAUUUUUGUAAUUGCUGUGUUCACUGUGGCAUUAGGAGGAUACUGGAGUGGACUAAUUGAAUUGGAGAGCAUGAAGGCAGUGACAAACACUGAAGACAGAGAAAUGAGGAGAAAGAAGGAAGAAUAUUUAACUUUUAGUCCUCUGACAGUUGUAAUAUUUGUGGUCGUGUGCUGUGUUAUGAUGGUCUUACUUUAUUUCUUCUACAAAUGGCUGGUGUAUGUUAUGAUAGCAAUCUUCUGCAUAGCAUCAGCAAUGAGUCUGUACAACUGUCUAGCUGCACUCGUUCGUAAGAUACCGUGUGGACGAUGCACGAUUAUAUUUCGCAGCAAAAGCAUUGAAGUGCGACUUAUUUUUCUCUCUGGACUAUGCAUAGCAGUGGCUGUUGUUUGGGCUGUAUUUAGAAAUGAAGAUAGGUGGGCUUGGAUUUUACAGGAUAUCUUGGGGAUCGCUUUCUGUCUGAAUUUAAUUAAAACACUGAAGUUACCCAACUUCAAGUCAUGUGUGAUACUUUUAGGUCUUCUCCUCCUCUAUGAUGUGUUUUUUGUUUUCAUAACACCAUUCAUCACAAAGAAUGGCGAGAGUAUCAUGGUUGAACUUGCAGCUGGACCUUUUGGAAACAAUGAAAAGAAUGAUGGAAACUUGGUGGAAGCCACUGCUCAACCCUCAGCUCCCCAUGAGAAAUUACCAGUAGUCAUCAGGGUACCAAAGCUGGCCUAUUUCUCAGUAAUGAGUGUGUGCCUCAUGCCAGUUUCAAUACUGGGUUUUGGAGACAUUAUUGUACCAGGCCUCUUGGUUGCAUAUUGUAGAAGAUUUGAUGUUCAGACUGGUUCUUCUUCUAUAUACUAUGUUUCCUCCACAAUCGCCUAUGCUGUUGGCAUGAUACUCACAUUUGUUGUUCUGGUGCUGAUGAAGAAGGGGCAGCCUGCCCUCCUCUAUUUAGUUCCUUGCACACUUGUUACUGCCUCAGUUGUUGCCUGGAGACGUAAGGAAAUGAAAAAGUUCUGGAAAGGUAGCAGCUAUCAGGUGAUGGACCAUCUGGACUAUGCAACAAAUGAAGAAAACCCUGUGACUGCUGGGGAACAGAUUGUUCAACAAUAAUAUUAUGUAGACCUGCAAUAAUGUGUCAGUUGAUUUUCUACGAAUAGAGUUUGACUUUUUAAAUUGACUUUUGAAUUGACAAUCUUAAUGAAUCUUCAAUGAUAUGCUUGCAAAUAUAUAUUUUUAAGAGCUGGUACUGACAAUUACAUCAAAUAAUUGAAACACAUUUGCUUUUAACUGUGUUAAAAUUGUGCCUUCACAUUAAAUAAAAGCAUAUGGUCUGUGUAACUUUGAA